CAGUAGACACAUGACACAAAGUGAGGUUAUACAGCACAAUGUAAACAAAAAACCACAAUUGUUUAAAUAAAUACUUUAAACAAUGGUGAGACAUAAACAGCGAUACAUGGUUAUAGAAAUAAAUUCUCCGCAACAACGCAAAGAUGAUUCUCUCGUUAUUCCAUCAUCGGCAUUGUAUCGGGCCCUUUCAAAAAAAGUGCAACAAUUACACGGCGAUUUCGGUUCGGCAGCCAUACGAGAAGGUUUCGUCGCGAAAUACUUUAAUGAGAAAACGAGAAUUGCAAUCGUGAGGUCUCGCCACGGACCGCAUAAGCUUAUAACUACGGUUUUACCUUUCGUUACGGAGAUAGACAAGAAACAAGUGAGUUUAGUCACUUUAUAUACGGGUGCAACUAUGCGACAGUGUUUUAAAUUUAUUUUAAAUCAUCAAAGGAAGAAGAUCGACGAGCUAUGUGCAAAUCUGCAAAGUGACGAGGAAAAGACUGCUAUUUCGGAAGCUUUUUUAAAAUUUCACAACAAAACUUUACUUUGAUUUACUUAUAAAAAGGCAUUUAAUUAAAUU